UUUUCAACUUGAUGUGUUAUCAUAUCACUUAAUAUUGUCUAUAUAUAGCAAGAUAAAUGGGUUUGGACUUAUGGAUUACACGUGAUACAUCUUAUAUUCACAAGAUUUAUUGCCAACUAUUUUAAAACUCAAGUUUUAUUAUGAUUAUUAAAGUCAUUGUAUUCAGAUUAAUCAGUUAAAUAAUCAGCACUAGUCCCAAUCAUUAUGGAGAUAGGAUUAUGUUAAUCAAGGAUUGUCUUGGAGAGUGCAUAUUGCUGCUGUUGAAUAUCCUGUAUACACUGGUGAGCUUGACCAUGGAAGGAGCGGUUGAGAGAACACUUAGGCUGCCUGACUAUUUGGUCAUCACUGCCACUCUGCUGGUGUCUGCUUCCAUCGGAGUGUACUUCAGACUCAGUGGUGGGCGUCAGAAGACCACUAAGGAGUACCUGUUGGGUGAUAGAGACCAGAGUAUGAUUCCUGUUGCCUUCUCCCUGAUGGCUAGUUUCAUGUCAGCCAUCACACUACUUGGUGUGUCUUCAGAAGUGUAUAUGUUCGGUACCAUCUUCUUCAUCAUCAACUUUGGCUAUGUGAUCUUCGCCCCUAUCGCUGUGCAUCUCUACCUCCCUGUGUUCUUCAAACUGGAAACUACUUCAGCUUAUGAGUACCUGAAUCUGAGGUUUGGAGCCAGAGCCCGCACAUGUGCAUCACUACUGUUCUCACUACAGAUGGUGCUAUACAUGGGUAUAGUGGUGUAUGCUCCAGCUCUAGCACUAGAAGCUCUCACUGGCUUGUCUCAGGAGUUGUCAGUGCUACUGGUGGGAAUUGUUUGCAUGUUCUACUCUACUCUGGGUGGCAUGAAGGCAGUUAUCUGGACUGAUUUGUUUCAGUCGCUGCUCAUGUUUGCAGCUGUGCUUAGUGUGAUAUUUGCUGCAGUUCUGGACAAAGGAAGUUUGCAGGCCAUCUGGCAGAUUGCUGUGGAUGGGGGUCGCAUCAAUUUCAACAACACAGACCUCGACCCAACUGUGAGACACUCUUAUCUGUCACUACUGAUCGGAGGAGGGUUCACGUUCAUGUCCCUGUACGCUGUGAACCAGACGCAGGUGCAACGUUAUCUCACCAUGAAGGACUUAAAGACUGCUGUUCGCUCGCUGUGGCUUUCCAUCAUCAUCCUUCUGUUGUUAUCAGGUCUCACCUGUUUCUCUGGACUGGCUAUCUACUCCAAGUACUACGGUUGUGACCCUGUUCUGUCCGGUAGGAUUGCACGUAAAGACCAGCUUUUGCCAUUGUUUGUGGUAGAGACUAUGGGAGACAUACCUGGGCUGUCUGGGCUGUUUGUUGCCGGCAUAUUCUCUGCCUCUCUCAGCACAGUAUCGGCUUGUCUCAACUCUCUGGCUGCCGUCACACUGGAAGAUUACGUUAAGCCUCUGUAUCGGCUCUGGACCGAUUCUGAGAUCCCAACCUCACGUUGUGCCUUCAUCUCCAAGUUGCUGGCCCUCACGUAUGGUGUAGUCUGUCUGGCCAUGGCCUUCCUGUCUCAACUGCUUGGAGGAGUCCUGCAGGCUGCUCUCUCCAUCUUUGGCAUGGUCGGAGGACCCAUCUUUGGCGUGUUCUCAUUGGGCCUCUUCUUCCCCUUUGCCAACGAACCUGGAGCAUUAGCAGGGCUUCUGACUGGACUUGCUAUAGCACUGGUGAUGGGUUUUGGAGGACCCAAGCCCCCAAACUUUCCUCUCGCUUUACAUAUUGACAGCUGUCCAGCUACUGUGUCAUCUACAACUCUCCUCACCUCACUGGCCUCCAACGUUACUACUACGGGACAACCCACAGAAUAUUUCUACCUGUUCAGAGUGAGCUACUUAUACUAUAUAGUGAUAAGUUUUGUGGUCACACUAUUGGUCGGCUUGGCAGUCAGCGGCUUGGUGUCCACUCGGGGUCGACCCUCGAAGGACCUGAAUCCUGAUCUCUUUGUUCCUCCUCUGGCCAACUACCUUAGGAAAAAAAAGUUGGAAAGAGAAUUAGAACUGAACAGCCAAGAAAAGCGUGAAAAUGACAGUAACAAUGUCUCAAUACACUUAUGACGUAAUCUUCGAAGAUUCGCCAACAGUACAUUCCAGACUUUUAAUUAUCUUGACUUACUUUUUAGUACUUUAGAUGUAAGUAUUACUCUCAGUUCUUAUAGGUAGGUUAUUUUUUUAAAUAUUUAUCCUGUUUUUUAGACAUCUUAACAGCUAAGACUUUGUACAAAACUUGAUAGUGUGUGCUCAAUUCCUCCUUAAACUUAGUGAGACUUUUAUAGUGGGUGCUACCUCGUGUCGUCACAACCAGAAGAGAGGGGCGCAUUUCCAGAGGACUAAUUAUUUAUUAUGGAUCCGCCACUAGAUUUCCUCUAUCCAAACGUAACCAGCUUUGAUGAGAAUAGUAUACACUAAUAAAUUAGAUAUUAUUUCGAACCUUCCCUAAUUAUAAAACUUGGGAUAAUUAUCUACACGAUAGCUGUACAACGACUCUGAUACAACAUCCGCUCUCUGUUUGCCUAUUGUUGGUAGGAAUAUGCCUAUCAAAACCUGUCCCAUAGUAUUCCAGAUAAUAGGAGGCUCCCAUUGUAAAAAUUACAACUAAUUGAUCGGCCCAGCUGACUAUCGUGUUCGCUGCUAUUGAUUUUUGGCACUUGCCGCAUAGAUCAUUAUGCUUGUUUAGUUCAGAAAUUUGUAAUCACUAUUUAAUGGCACUAUGGAUUUCUGAAAUAAUAAGGUUUACAUUACUUUGAUAAAACUAAUCAGUCAUAAGUAAUCAAUUUCAAAGAAACUCGUGAGGCAAUUUUUAAUUUAGGGAAUUUUCAAUUUGGAUUUUGGUUUGUUUGUCUGUUAUGACAUUGUAGUAAUUGUUAUCAUUGAAAAUUAUUGCAUGAAACUGUAUACAAGCGCUUUUACCUUUCACAUCAUAUAGCCUUACUUCUUUUAUUAGUCAUACUUACCAAUUUUUUAGGAAAAUGUUCCACUUAUAGCUAUAAUUAUAAGUCGAUAGUUCACAGUUUAUGAAACCAGCAAUUAGUGUUAGUGUGUCUGUGAUUGAUUUUCGAAGUUGCACGUGAUCAGUAUUUUAGCAAGCUAAUCAUUAGAUAAGUUUAUUAAUCAUGAAAGAAGGUUUUCAUACAUGAGCAUAAAAAUACAAUGGAUAGCAGUUUAAAAACUUCAAUUUUUUCUAAAUGUUGGGACAUGUAUUGUAUUUGAUUUUUUAUAUCUUUUAACAGUAAAACUGAAAUUUGCUACUUGGACUUCUUUAUAUGCCAGACUCAGAAACAAUUUUUUUCCAACAGAAUAAAUUAAAUAAUUAAUCACUCACAAAAUAGUGAUGUCCGGUUUUUUCUUAUUUUUAAUUUGAAAAUUGUGGACUAUUUUUUGCUGACUAAAAAAUUUUUCAAUGUUCCCAUUACUGUAGAAAAAUAUACAGCCCCGUGUGUUUUUCACAAGUUUUAGAUUGUGGUUAAUAGUAUGGUUAAUUUUGUAAACAGCCAAUCCUUCUAUUAUUUGUAGAAACACACAUUUAAUUCUUUAUUUUACACAUAGCAUUCAAUUUCCUACUGUAUCUUAUAAGUAGCAAGCUCAUGUACUUGAAGAUGGCAAUCUAAAAGAUGUUGGGGUUGCCAUAAAAUUGUGAUGUUAGGUACAGAAAUAACUUGUAAGAAUUAAAAAACAAACUGUAUUAUGAAUCUUUCCAGUCAAAGAAAUGAUCCAAUCACUAAAACUGUGCCUUAUUAGUAUAGUAAAAGAUGUUUUAAUUCAGAUAUAUAGUUAAGUAGUGAUAUUGUUUUUGUUAUAGUAUUUGUAAUAAAAUAUUAUUAAAAUCAA